AUGAAAUCUAUUGAUAUAGAUGAUAUGAUACAAAGACUUUUAAUGGUUGGAUAUUCAAAUAAAGUUUCCAAGUCUGUAUGCUUAAAAAAUGCAGAAAUACAAUCUAUUUGUCAAGCAGCACGUGAAGUAUUUUUAUCACAACCAACAUUGAUAGAACUUACUCCACCGGUAAAAAUAGUAGGUGAUGUUCAUGGUCAAUACUCUGAUCUUAUAAGAUUAUUUGACAUGUGUGGGUUUCCACCCAAUGCCAAUUAUUUGUUCUUGGGCGAUUAUGUUGAUCGUGGUAAACAAAGUUUGGAGACAAUCCUACUUCUGCUUUGUUAUAAAAUUAAAUAUCCUGAAAAUUUUUUUUUAUUAAGAGGAAAUCAUGAAUGUGCAAAUGUUACCAGAGUAUAUGGAUUUUACGAUGAAUGUAAACGACGAUCAAACAUUAAAACAUGGAAGACGUUUGUAGAUGUAUUUAAUUGCCUUCCGAUUGCAGCCGUUGUAGCAAACAAAAUAUUUUGCGUGCAUGGAGGACUAUCGCCUGACCUAUCGUCGAUGGAUGAAAUACGAGGUAUUAGACGGCCAACAGAAAUACCGGAUUACGGUUUAUUGAAUGACCUACUUUGGUCAGAUCCUUCAGAAACAGCAAUUGAUUGGGAGGAUAAUGAACGUGGUGUCAGUUAUUGCUUCGGAAAAGCAAUAAUCCACGAUUUUCUAAAUCGACAUGACUUUGAUUUGGUAUGUCGUGCUCACAUGGUUGUAGAAGAUGGUUAUGAAUUUUUUAACGAACGGACAUUGGUCACUGUAUUUUCAGCUCCUAAUUAUUGUGGAGAAUUUGAUAAUUUCGGGGCUGUGAUGAGCGUCAAUGAGGAAUUAUUGUGUAGUUUUGAAUUGCUCAAGCCACUUGAUGCCUCAAUGAUUAAACAGCAGCAAUCCAAAUCAAAACGAAGGCUAAGUACCAAUCUUGGACCUCAUAGUCCACCAGUUACUGGAGUUCCUCAAUCAGUAUGA